AUGAACUGUGUGAUUGGCACUAUUACCGACGACCCGAUCACAACUUCGGCUCCUGUUACCACCACCACAUCGGCAACCACUAAGCCGGCCACCACUACCACUUCUGCCACGAGGCCCACCACUUCCUCUACGACUACCAAGGCCAGUACCACCACCACGGCCGGCAAUGGUGUUGCCACUCCCAUGCCCACCCAGCCUGGAAUGGUUUCCAACUGUAAUAAGUUCUACUACGUCGAGAAGGGCACCAACUGCGGCCAAGUGCUCGACAGUCAGAAGAUCAGCCUCGGCGACUUUGCCAAGUGGAACCCCAGUGUGAACAACGACUGUUCCGGUCUGUGGGCCGAAGUGAACGUCUGUGUUGGCGUCAUUGGUGGAGGAACCCCCGUCACGACCGCCAAACCGUCGACCACUACAUCCGCAGGAAACGGCAUUCAGACACCUCAGCCAACCCAACCCGGAAUGAUCUCUAACUGCAACAAGUUCUACUACGUGCCUAAGGGUUCUAGCUGCAGCCAAGUGCUUAGCAGCCAGAAAAUUGCCCUCACUGACUUUGCCAAGUGGAACCCUAGUGUGAAUAACGACUGUUCUGGCUUGUGGGCUGAGGUCAAUGUCUGCGUUGGUGUCAUUGGAGGCACCCCGGUCACUACUACUACUAAGAAGCCAACCACCACUACCUCUGCCGGAAACGGCAUCCAGACCCCUCAACCCACCCAGCCUGGCAUGGUCUCCAACUGCAGGAAGUUCCACUACGUCUCCAAGGGCGACACUUGCCAGCAGAUCAUCAGCUAUGAGAAGAUUACUCUGGCGAACUUUGUCAAGUGGAACACUGGCGUUGGAUCCAACUGUCAAAGCAUGUGGGCAGAGACCAACGUUUGCGUUGGCGUGUAG